GGCGCGUGCGCGAGCGGUGCAGCACCGGCCGCGGGAGCAGGGAGUAUUAUGGGCUGUGGGUGCCGCUGAGCAAGAUGGAGCUGUCUGCAGUGGGCGAGCGGGUCUUCGCGGCCGAAUCCAUCAUCAAACGGCGGAUCCGAAAGGGACGCAUCGAGUACCUGGUGAAAUGGAAGGGGUGGGCCAUCAAGUACAGCACUUGGGAACCCGAGGAGAACAUCCUGGACUCGCGGCUCAUUGCAGCCUUCGAGCAGAAGGAGAGGGAGCGUGAGCUGUAUGGGCCCAAGAAGAGGGGACCCAAACCCAAAACUUUCCUCCUGAAGGCACGGGCCCAGGCUGAGGCCCUCCGCAUCAGUGACGUGCAUUUCUCUGUCAAGCCAAGUGCCAGCGCCUCCUCGCCCAAGCUGCACUCCAGCGCAGCCGUGCACCGACUCAAGAAGGACAUCCGCCGCUGCCACCGCAUGUCCCGUCGCCCCCUGCCCCGCCCGGACCCCCAAGGUGGCAGCCCUGGCCUGCGCCCGCCCAUCUCGCCUUUCUCCGAGACGGUGCGCAUCAUCAAUCGCAAGGUAAAGCCUCGGGAGCCCAAGCGAAACCGCAUCAUCCUGAACCUGAAGGUGAUCGACAAGGGCACGGGCGGAGCGGGCACCGGGCAGGGGGCAGGAGCCCUCGCUCGGCCCAAAGUCCCCUCCAGGAACCGCGUCAUUGGCAAGAGCAAGAAGUUCAGCGAGAGCAUCCUGCGUACCCAGAUCCGCCACAUGAAGUUGGGCACCUUCGCGCUGUACAAUAAGCCCCCGCCCGGCCCUCCGCCUCCCCCUCCAGCGGGCAAGGCCGACGCUGCCGCCUCCCCGGGCCCAGGGCUGCUGCUGGAGGCCCCCGCCGCCCCCUACGACGCUCGCAGCUCCAGCUCCUCUGGCUGCCCCUCGCCUGCACCGCAGUCCUCCUCUGACCCUGAUGACGCACCCCCCAAGCUGCUCCCGGAGACCAUGAGCCCGUCUGGUCCCGACUGGCGUGAGCCCGAGGUGCUCGACCUGUCCAUCCCUCCUGAGGUGGUGGCCACCAGCAAGCGGGUGCCUCCCGACGCCACGGCUGCGGCUGCCACGGGCCAGGCACUUCCCGUGGCCCCUGAGCCUGCCGGCGCCUCCUCCAAGGCCGAAGCCGGGGACUGGCGCCCCGAGAUGUCACCCUGCUCCAAAGUGGUUGUCACUGAUGUCACCAGCAACCUUCUGACAGUCACCAUCAAGGAAUUCUGCAACCCUGAGGAUUUCGAGAAGGUGGCUGCUGGGGUAGCAGGUGCCACUGGGGGUAGUGGUGGCAGCAGCGGGGUGAGCAAGUGAAGGGGCUCCACUGAGGAGGGGGGGCUGGGGGGGCCCUCCUGCCCAGAGCCCUGCUCUCGCCCCCGCCCCUGCCCUCAGACACCUCUGCCCGUGCUUUGCUUGUUUCAGAUGGCUCAGCGUUGACCCCCAGAGGGGGCUGGGCGGUUGGAGCCCCCUGAAGCCCAGGGGAGACAGUCCCGGGACAGAUGUGGGUCGAGAUGGGGCCAGGGCACCCGGAAGUCCUCCUCCUUGUCUCUUGGCACCCUCCAAGCCCAUGCAUGGUGGGGGCCCGCCGGGGGGCUCCUGGGGAGCCCCAGAACCCGGAGCUCCGCGCCUCCUCCACAUCCCGCUCUGUCUCUCCCCGGCUUGCUUCCAGCUCACACGCACAGCAUCUGAUUCCUCGGUGCUACCCCGGCAGCUGCGGGGCCCCUUAGGAGCCCCCUUCCCCGUAUGGGUUCUGCCCUUCCUUCCCCCAGGUGCCUGGGCAGGAGGGGCAGGGGUGGCAAAGCCCAGACAGAGGUUGGGGCGGGGCCAGAGGCCUGGGUCUUCCUGCCCACUUUUGGACACGACACAAGCAGGUCCCCUUAGGCCCCGCCCCACCCUGUCUCUGCCCCUCCCCUCUGGGAGGUGGGAGGGACUGGCAGGGACCUCCCCCUGCCGCAGCCUCCUAGCAUCUAAAGGCCCCGUUCAGUUCUCGACCAAAGGUGCUACCAGAACCUGCUGUAGAAACUUCCGGCUGGCGCACGUAUCUGCCGCCCCUGGGCGUGCCUGUGCGCCCACCCAUGGGUGCGCUGGGCCCGGCCUUUCAGGCGGCCCCCUUGAGGGUUCCGUGGAAUAGGGUCGUCAAAGGCCUGGACCUUUCCUUGCCCAGAUCUGGCGCCGGCCCGAGGUGUUUGCUGUGGGGCCACAGGCCCAUUCCCCACCCCCACCCCAGCCCUGCACCCUCCUCCGAUUGGUCGGCGCCACCAGCUGGGCCUCUGGCGCAGACUAGGCACGGCGGGGACUGAGGUGGAAGGGGGAGUACCCCCCCAAGCCUUCCCCUCCCCCGCACCCCCUCCCACUCCGUGCCUGGGGGAAGGAGGAGGCUGGAAACCAUUCCCUUGGGGUCUCCAGCUUCCCCUGCCCCCUCCUCUCUUGCUUCAGCCCCUGGGGCUUUCUCACUGCACAGCCUGCUCGGAGCAGGGGACAGCUUUGGCCCCCCGCAGCUUUUCUUCUCUCUGCUGCCAGGGAGCUGAGGUGUCCGUGCCAAUGGCAGAGACCCCCCCCCCCCCCGUUUUAGGCCGGGCCGUGGGAGGGCAGGCAGGCCAAAGGGGGCGACCAAAGAGGGGGCCUGUGGUCUUCUGGAGGGGGAGGGCGUGCGGGGCCAGGGCUUCGGUGCGCUGUGGGAGGCGGCCCCGCUGGCCACUCGGCUCUCAAGCUGGCGUGGGCGGCGUGUCCCUGCCUGUGGCUCAAGGGAGCUUCCUGGUGUGUGGCCAGAGGUGUGUCAGCUCAGAAGCGUGAUGGCAAAAGGUAGGAGGACGCAGAAAGGGAAUCCUGUUGGGUAGCAAAUGCCUUUGUCCGAAGUAUGGGAGCACUCUGGGAGGACUCGCUCUUCCCAAUCUCCCUGCCAGGGGCUAUGGGUGGCCCCUGACCCUCCCCACCCCAGGAUGUAGAACAAGGGCCCUCACAGGGUUUGGGGGGCUGGCACUCCUAGACCCCUCCCCACCCUGCCCUUUGUGUCGGCUCCGUGGCCGUCCAAGUGCCAAUUGGCUUUCCCCCCCUCCCCCCAAAUAAGGGCUGGUAUUUCUCCUCUGUGCUUAGAGGGGAUUUCCCCCCCGACCCCUCACCCCAGGUGAACGACCACCUGGGUGCCAGUUACAGGUGUUUCCAGAGACCAUAGAAAUGUGUUUUCCUGAGAGUCCGUGUCAUUCGUGACUUUUUUUUGUAAAGAAGUUGUGUUUUCAGAGGUGAUUUUAUGACAGGAAAGUGAAAGAAUUAGUUUUGCAAAAAAACAAAAAACAAAAAAAGAGGAAAAAAAGAAAUAGAAAAAAAUAUCAUGGGAUUCCUAUGGGGCUGGGGCGGGAGUGGGGGGGAGAGAAAGAUAUUUAAAGAAAAACUAGUAAAGCAAUGAUUGCACAGGCGAGGUGGCAAUGUUGGGAACGGGGACGGAGGCCGAGGGCCGGCUGCGGGUCCCUGGGGUCCCUGCUCUGUCUCCCUGGCCCGAGGCAGGGAGGCCUCCCUCCUGUCCUGGGGGCACACACCACACCUCCCCUCCUUCAAAGGGAAGGAAGACAGCUGACCCCAAGGGAACUAGCCAGAAUGGCAAGGGCCCCGCAAAUGGAGCCGAGAUUGGGGAGGGGGAGGUCCUGCGGGGGCCCCACUGUUGCAUCAUCGGUGACUUGGUCCAGGAAGGCUGGUGAGUAGAUACAGUUGGGUUCCUUGCUCUCUUCCAAAUUCAUUUGCCGGCGUGUCGGGUCAUCUGGUCCCUCCCUCCCCAUCACUCCCAAGACCAAGACCCUGACACCCCUGGGCUUUCCUGGCCGGGUGGGGGAGGCGGGCUUCAGGAAGACAGGAGCUGUGGACUCUGGGAAAACCUUAGGCGGUGACCCAGAGGGACCGGGGCGGCGGGGGGGGGGGGGGGGGAGGCGGUAACCAGCGGGGGAAGGGAAUGCCUGCUCAGGCCCUCAGCCGUGGGGCCCCCGCCCACCUCGGCACAUGCAGAGGCACGCAAGCGCGCUGCUUCGAGCUGGGCACCUCCCCUGGGGGGUCCAGGUGGGCACAGGGUCAAGAGCAAGCAGAGCCCUCCUACUUCUCUGAGGGUGGCUCUGAGCGGGAAACCCAUACCCUACCCACCCACCCCCACCCCCACACACACACUUGCACGAUUCAGCCUUCUCCGGGCCCUCCCUCUCGCUGCUUUUCCGUUUGCCUAAUUACCAAGCAGAAGUUGCAUUCUGGUUUGCUUUAUUUUUAUAUGUGAAAUAUCCCCCAAAGCCAGAUCUCUUCCCAUGUUCAGUAUCGGUUGGGGCAUCGGUCCUUUUCCCCUUAAUGCCACCUCCUCCCUGCCCACGUGUCACAGGAAACAGGUGAGGUCUGGUGUCUCUGGUUUGAGAUGGGAAGUUGGGACAGACACAUCCCUGUCUUCAUUUCUCUCUCCGACCCUCGGUGUGCCCUGCUGUGAAAUGGGUGUAUUGGGUGGCAAGGCCUCUUUGUAAAGCACUGCAGGUGUCCAGGCAGCCACUGAGGAUGGGGUGCCGAUCGAGGCUGCUGGCACUGGGGUCUCUAGCCUCCCACGGCCCCAUUUCAUCUCUGCCCUGCACAGGGGUCCAGGGCAAAAUGAGCUGUAUCCUUCCACUGCUCUGGAAAGAAGUGAUGAUCAAGGCCCCAUCUCAGUGUGAGGUGGGCAGAGAGCACCCCAUUUAAAAGACCAGGAAACGGGGGCCCCAAGAGGCAAAGCCGCUGCACUGGGGUGAAGAGCCCAGCUGCCCUGGCAUUUUGCAGAAAGCCCCUUCCAAAGGUAGGGGCUGGCGGUCCUGGGUCAGAUGCCCGCCCUGAGCAGGAAGCAGGUGGGGGGGCUGGGCCACUGCCAGCCUCUUUAGCCUCCGUGGGAACCUGAGUGGACACACCACCUUUCUCACCUUUCUGGGUUUUGUUGUUUUUUGGGGGUUGGGGUGGGUUUUUGGGUUUUGUUUUGUUUUGUUUUGUUUUGCACUUGGCCCAUGCCAGACAGUGGAGCCCCACAAGGUCAGUUCCACUUUCCGGCUCCCAUGCACUAGCCCAAGGCAGCCUCUUGGGGGCUUGUAUGGUUUAAGGAAUCACUUUUAAAAAGAAAAGGAAAGUGUUGAAAGGUUUUUGUUUUUUUCUGUCUGCAUCUCCUCUCAGACUCAGAAAGGAGUUUGGGGCUAAAACCAGGAGACGGUCCCCCUAACCUGCCUCCAUCUUGCUGACAGUCACCAAGAUGCCGAAAUAGAGAGACAGGCCAAGGGGGGACAGAGGACCCCAGCUCCCAGCCCUGCGGGGUCUCCCCGCCCCACCUCGAAGGAGUCGGUACCCCACUCCCAACGGCGAGAGAGUGCCAACUGUAUGCAGAGCUUCAGUUAGGUAAAGGGAGGCUGAUGGUGUCACAGGGGACCCCUUGGGAGAGGUCAAGGUAGAAAGAACGAGGAGUUCUGGGGCCUGCCCCUGGCUGUUGGGUGGAGUGCAGAUGGACACUUUUUGUUUAUUUUAAUUUAAAAACACAAAGGCCUAAAGAAAUGUAUCUUAUAAUUUUAAUUUUUGAAAAGCUCAUUUAAUGAAUUGUGCACGAAUGAAUUCUAUAUAUAUAAAAUAUACAUAUAUAGCUCUAUAUUUGGGGAGGGGCGCGGUCUCUUUUCUCUCUUUCUCAUUUUAAAAAUGAAGUGUUGUUGCCUUUGUCUGUGGUUCAACCAUCCAGCUCCCAGCUGGCUAAACUUUGCCUCCAGUGGUUAAAGAGAGGGAACCUGGAAAUGGAGUGUCCCCCCCCAGCGUGGGGUGGGGCCCCCAGUCCACCUGCCCCCUCCCAGAGGUUGCUGGUGGAGAAGACGGCUCGUUUUGGGUGUGGGCUUUGGUUCUGUUCUGGAUUCGGUUGUUUCUGGGCCGGGGGAGGGGGUUUGUGCCGAUUACUCUAUUACUCUCGUCUUGUACGUUUAGUUCUGCUGCUCUUCAAUGUUGUAUCAAUGCCAGGAAGGGGGAGUGAAAAGCCUCUUUUGCCCCCCCAAAUAAAUUGUCACAUUCCGAAGCUAA